AUGCGUCAACUCCGACAUCUGCAUCUAUGGGGCAACAACAUCGUCAGCUUGCAACCACGCAUUUUCCAGGACCUCACCAAUCUGCAAGAACUCAUCGUUUGGGGAAAUCAGAUCACCAGAAUAAGUGGCGAUGAAUUUUAUGGGCUGAGAAACUUGAAGAAGUUGGAUUUGGAUAGGAACAGCAUCGAAUCAGUGCAAAGGAAUGCCUUGUCAAGUCUCAAGUCGCUACAGAUAUUACAUCUUGGACAUAACAAAUUUAAAGUCUUUGAAGCAGACGUGUUCAACAACCUGUCUGCUCUGAAAGUUCUCAGCUUGGACAGCAACCAGAUCAACCAACUGAAAGGAAAUUCGCUAUCGGGUCUUCAAAAUCUCUACACUCUCGCUCUUAAUAACAACAAAAUUAAAACACUCAACGCCCAAUGGCUGACCAACGUUAAAAUGUUAACAAACUUUUUCCUCCAGCACAACAAACUAAACGAAAUAUGGCCCGAAAUAUUUACUCACCUGAAAUCGUUGAGACGGCUGGAUCUCUCGUUCAACAACAUCGGUUCUUUCAAGGAAAACAACUUUGUUUCACUCACCAACCUCCGCUAUUUGUACCUGGACAACAACAAACUCAAGCAUCUAGAUAAGUUAGUUUUCAUUUACGAAGAACUUCUAAUGAAGUAUGUUGCAUUAUAUUUUCACCAAACAUUCUAA